AUGAACCCAGCAAUUUACACCCUUCAGGUCCACCUCCCAGACCAGCAAUUCGUUUCCUUUGACAAAGGGUCUGAUUUGCUACAGUUGCUGGGUAAAAUUGACUUUUCUAAGACAAUGUUAACUCAAUUUUUCCACAUGAACAAAACGAAUCUCAGAGCACAACAUCUGAAAUGCUUGUACAGAGAUUUUCCUGAAUAUUUUGUUUGGUCUGCUAAAUAUAAAGAAUGGACUGAAAGAAAGCGUCAAAAGGUGAUCGGUCGGAUGGUGACUGUUAGCCCAAAAGAAAGAGAGAGGUAUUAUUUGAGGUUGCUUCUAACGCACAUUGCUGGACCGACCUCUUUUGAAGACCUUUUGACUGUAAAUGAACAAAGGUUAGCUUCGUUUAGAGAAGCUGCUUUGGCUCUUGGUCUUUUGCAGUCCGAUGCAUAUAUAGAGGAGACACUUCAAGAAGCAGUGGCAUUUCAGAUGCCGUCCUCAUUGAGGCUACUAUUUGCCACUCUCCUUGUGUAUUGUUCUCCGACAAGUCCUAAAUCACUUUGGGAAAAAUUUGAGCUUGAGUUUUCUGCUGACUAUCAUCACCAGCAGCCAUUCCACGGGUUUUCUUCUCCUGAAAUUAGACGAAAGGUUUUAGAAGAUAUUAACAGCUCGCUUGAACAGAUGGGCAAGAGCAUUACAGAUUUUCACUUUGUCUCUGAUGAUUUUUCAUGCGGUUACGCUGAACGGUUAACAAAGGAAAUUGAGAGUGAAAGGAGCUUAACAGUAGCACCUGAGGAUCAGUUGUUGCCUCAGAUGCUAAAUUCUGAACAAAAGCAUGCCUACCAUCUAAUCCUCGCAGCAUGUUUUUUCUUAGAAGGUCAGGCAUUUUUCGUUGAUGGCCCUGGUGGCACCGGUAAAACAUUCCUAUAUCGGUCGCUUCUCGCGACCUUGCGAUCACAAAACCAUGUUGCUAUUGCAGUAGCAACAUCUGGAAUUGCGGCAUCAAUCCUUCCUGGCGGAAGGACGGCUCACUCGAGAUUCAAGAUACCACUUGAUUUCUCGAAGACUAAAAGUUGUCAGCUCAGUAAACAAAGUUCGGCUGCAAAACUCAUUUCUGAAUCAAAGCUUAUUUUGUGGGAUGAGGCUUCAAUGGCUAAACGACACACAAUUGAAGCUUUUGACGAAUUACUGAGAGAUUUAAUAGACUCAGAUUUACCUUUCGGAGGGAAGGUGAUAGUUUUUGGAGGGGAUUUUCGGCAGACCCUACCUGUCAUUGAACAAGCAACUAAAGAAGUUCUCAUAGAGUCAACCUUCCCCAUUUCUCCUCUGUGGCCUAAACUACAUAAAAUCAGGCUUACAGAAAAUAUGCGAGUUAUGUUUGAUCCAGGAUUUUCACAAUUCCUUUUAAGAGUAGGAGAAGGCCGAGAGCCUAUUGAUGAUGAGGGUGAAAUAACUUUAUCAUCAGAUAUAGUUAUUCCUUACUACGAUAAAGAGGAGUCUUUAAACAGGUUAAUAGAAAGCGUCUUCCCAGAUUUGAACCUCUAUUCUCAAGAUCCUUAUAACCUGAUUAAUAGGUGCAUCCUUGCUCCAAAAAAUAGCUCAGUUGAUGAGCUCAAUGAAAUAAUGAUUAAGAGAUUUCCUGGAAGCCUUCAAACCUAUAUUAGCUCGGAUAAGACUGUUGAUCAGCGGCACCAAGGUGAUUAUGAGGAUUUUCUCAAUUCUCAAGAUCCUAAAGGUCUCCCUCCUCAUAGAUUGCUGUUAAAGGAAAACUGCCCAUUGAUGCUUCUCAGAAAUUUAAAUCCAGCUGAGGGUCUAUGCAAUGGCACAAGGUUAAUAUGUAGAGAACUCGGCCAACACACAAUUUCUGCUGAAAUUGUUUUUGGCCAUCAUCGAGGGAAAAGAGUUUUUAUUCCAAGGAUACCUCUUCAAACGCCUGACAAUGACAAAAAUGGGAUUCCAUUCAUAAGAACACAGUUUCCUGUCCGCCUUUGUUUUGCUUUGACUAUCAAUAAAUCACAAGGUCAAACUCUUGACUACGUCGGCAUCUAUCUCCGAGAACCAGUUUUUUCGCAUGGCCAGUUGUAUGUUGCUCUGUCCAGAGCUAAGACCGCUGCUAAAGUUAAAAUUCUUCUUGUUCCUGGAACAUUUGAUGGAAUAAAAGUGGAUUGCAAAACUCGAAAUGUUGUCCUUGAUGAAAUUUUUAGACUAACUCAAGCCUAA